CGUCGUUCUCACCAGGUGACAGACCAACUGACUGACCGACCCGCCGAGCUGGCUGCGCUGACGGAUCGACGGACUGCUUGCCUGCUUGCUUGCGUGCAUGCUUCAUUCAUCGCCGCUCUGCUACCUUCACCUUUCUCGACCAGCAGAUUGCGCUGCCGUGGCGAAGUGCGACCGGCUUCCAGUUCUCUGCCUCUGUCUCUGACGUACCUCCUACACGAUUGACUCUCGAGACACACUCGGCCGCGAGCUGUGAUACCUUACCGACUUCUUCCCUCACAUCACCUACCUUGCGCUCGCCUUUCCCGGUCUGCGCCUACCUACCCGCCCACCUACCUGCUCUCGUCCCACCGCCUCCAUCUCCGCCCACAGCGUCUACACCCCUACCAUAAUUCCGUUUAGCGCCGGAGAAGCAAGGCAUAGACCUCGCCCCGCAUUGGUAUUGCUACGAGCACAAGACGAGCCAGUGAACAACACAGCGCGAGGACACACGCUCUCGCUCAGCCAGCAGACAGCGAGCUUCCCGCGUAGCGAGGUCAUAGCGGAAGCCUCUCGGGAAGAUGGUGGAAGCUGCAGAUGGCGGUAGCCAGCCCACCUGGAAGUUCACACAGUGCUUUGGCGAUAAAGGCGAUGUUGAGGAUAUCACAGAAGCCGAUAUAAUCUCAACUGUCGAAUUCGAUCAAACGGGAAACUACCUCGCUACGGGUGAUAAAGGCGGACGAGUAGUUCUGUUCGAGCGAAACGAGACCAAAAAGACAUGCGAAUAUAAGUUCCACACGGAGUUUCAGUCUCAUGAACCCGAAUUCGACUAUCUAAAAUCACUGGAGAUCGAAGAGAAGAUCAACAAGAUCAAAUGGUGCCGGAGACAGAACGCAUCUCAUUACUUGCUCUCGACGAAUGACAAGACCAUCAAGCUCUGGAAAGUGUUUGAAAAAUCGCUGAAGGUCGUGGCCGAGAACAACCUGUCGAGUGAGCUCACGCCGGCCGGUACAGGCAACGCGAAUGGUGGUGGACCCGUCCGCUAUCCAAACAAGGCAUACAAGAGCGCUUCGGAGCUCAAGUUCCCGCGCAUGACACAUCACGACACAGUGGUUGCUGCUGUGCCCCGGAGAGUGUAUGCCAAUGCACAUGCAUAUCACAUUAACAGCAUCUCGGUGAACAGCGAUGGCGAGACAUUCAUCAGCUCUGACGACUUACGGAUAAACCUAUGGAACCUGAACAUUCAGGACCAGAGCUUCAACAUCGUGGACAUCAAGCCCGCUAACAUGGAGGAGCUUACGGAGGUGAUCACAGCUGCCGAGUUCCACCCGGUGAGCUGCAAUUGGUUCAUGUACGCCUCCAGCAAAGGUACCAUCAAGCUGGCAGAUAUGCGACAGAGAGCUCUCUGUGAUGAACAUGCAAAGCAGUUUGAGCAAGAAGAAGAUCCUUCAUCAAGAUCUUUCUUCUCGGAGAUCAUUUCCAGUAUCUCCGAUGUGCGUUUCUCCCAUGACGGCCGAUAUAUUCUCUCGCGCGACUACUUGACGGUCAAGAUUUGGGAUGUCAAUAUGGAGCGACAACCGGUCAAGACUAUUCCGAUUCAUGAGCAUCUGCGGCCCAGACUAUGUGACACAUACGAGAAUGACAGCAUUUUUGACAAGUUCGAGGUCGUGUUCUCGGGCGAUGCCAAGAACGUCAUGACGGGAUCCUACAACAACAACUUCAUGAUCUACCCAUCAGAAGAAGGCAAGGACACUGAAGUCGUGCUGCAGGCUGACAAGAGUGCGUUCAAGGCGAAGAAGGUCGGCAUUCCAACGCCAAUGAACAAUGGUGGGGCGGGCGCAAAGGAUGGCAAGAAGGGGUCUCGAGCGAGCAGUCCUGUGGGCGGAGCGCAGAGAAUGCGAAAGGAAACAGACGCGGAUCAGAUUGACUUCAACAAGAAGAUCCUGCACAUGUCCUGGCAUCCACAGGAAGACAGCAUCGCUAUUGCGGCGACGAACAAUCUGUUCGUCUUCUCGGCUUUGUAGACCGCGUGGUGCGGGACUGGCGCAGAGGCUGCGAUAGUGUGAUGAUGCGAGAUUGCGAGCGGAUUAAGGGAUUGAGUGUCUGAGAUUGAGCGCAACUACAGGCCACGUGGUCGCUACUUGACAGGCGGAUGCUUCGGUAACAGGCAGGCUUGAGAAGGGCGGCGAAGGGAGUUCGCCGGAGCAUAGGAUGGAUGGCCCGACGGACAGAGACAGCACAGCAAAGCAAAUCAACGAAGACGUACCUUAGAAAGC